CCCAGUUUCAGCACCUGAGCGAUCAGCUAUGGCUCUACAUUGCGGUCUCCUUUCAAAGUUUCCUGCACAAGUGCUGGCUGUCGAGAAGGCUUUAAAAGGAUUGGCCAAGAGGAAAGUCUUCGCACUGGUUUGGGCAGCAUUCAUCGCUCAGUUGCUGUUCAUGGGCCGUGUUUUUCAACUGUGUCGACGCAUACUUGCUCGGAUUCGUGAAAGGGACGUUUAUGGUGUAUCUCCUUUUGGUCAGAUUCACCGUGCUCAUUCUUACCACCUCUUCUCAGUGACUCGAUCAGGGUGCCUCCGUUGCCGGGAUGUUGAUAUCUCCGAAUAUGAGAACCGAAAACAACAGCGGCUGGCGGAAAUCAGAACCUUGAGAAAGAAGGUUACUGAGGUGCUGAAAAAUGAGCGCUGGGAGAAGCUACAUCAUUACUGCUGGGAGAAGCCGAAAAGCUUGCUGAACAGUCACGGCUCGGCGCUUCAGAAUCAGUGGAAGCUUGAGCAAUUCUUCAAUGAAGGCGAUGCUAAGAAGGAGCUCUCGGAGUUGAGAUCAGCUCUGGUUGACAUUGAUCUUGCCCUCCUCUCUGCAAACUUGACGGAAUUCUGAGAACCACAAGCACUUUUUAGGUGCUUGUUGCCUUGGAAGGAAGACAAGCCUUGGAAAGGCAGGCCAAUAUGUUUGCUUUUAGGGGUAUGCCUCAGGGUAUCUCACAGUUAAUUGUCUCAACAUUUGGACGGUUCAUUCCUGAAAUUGACCAGCUACUGUAUCUGCUGUGAUCUAUUCGUACCCUGUGUAUCCCUGUGUUUGAACUACUAGUAAUUAUAGCCGUAAAGAUAAAAACGCAAAAUGCAUCGCUUCACAUCAUGCUAAAACUGCAUGGGUUGCGACAUUUCCAGAGACUUGUGCAGAAUCUGAAGGACACAACAAGCGUGUCUGCGUGUGCAGAUGUAAGCUCAAUUCUUUUAAUCGCAGGGCCCAUGCAAUUCACCCGCCGGCUGAAGUUAUUUGGCGUUUCCAACAUUGCUUUAGCACAUGGAAGAGGCGCAGACUAUUUGCUGCUAGGUAAUGCUUGAUUUCUGGUGCCUGUUGGUGCUUCGUAGCGAAUGACU